AUGGUGGUGACCCAUCUGGCUCUAGAGCUGCGUUUCCAGGGGAAGAAGCUGAGGGGCUUCUCAUGCAAACUGACCCGCUCGGCCCACGGCUUCCUGCCAGAGAGCUCCUGGAUCAUCGCAUCACAGGUCCUGCUGCCGUACCUGGUGUCCGGCCUGGGCAUGGUGGCAGCUGGGAUAGUCAUGGAUAUAGUGCAACACUGGGAGGUGUUUAAGGAGAUCUCAGAGGUGUUUAUCUUGGUGCCGGCCCUGGUGGGGUUGAAGGGGAAUCUGGAGAUGACGCUGGCAUCCAGACUGUCAACAGCAGCCAACACAGGGCAGAUGGAUGAGGCGCAGCAGCAGUGGAGGAUGGUGCUCUGUAAUCUGGCCCUCAUUCAGGUCCAGGCCACAGUUGUGGGCUUCCUGGCAGCGGUUGCUGCAGUGGGUCUCGGAAAUCUGACCAGGGGUAGAGUGGAUGUUACCCAGGCUGCUCUCCUGUGUGCCAGCAGCGUCACCACUGCUUUCGUUGCUGCACUGUCUCUAGGUCUGGUGAUGGUGGCAGUGAUUAUUGGAUCCAGGAAAGUGGGCAUCAACCCAGAUAAUGUGGCCACGCCCAUCGCCGCCAGCCUCGGAGACCUCAUCACUCUGUCUCUGCUUGCCGGGGUCAGCAGCCUCUUUUUCUGUUACAGAGACAUGUGGUACCUGCCUCCUGCGGUGUGUGUCUUCUUCCUGCUCAUUAUUCCAGUGUGGGUUAUCGUUGCCAGGCGCUCUCCGCCAAUCAGAGAGGUCCUAAAGUCAGGCUGGCAACCUGUCAUUUUGGCCAUGUCCAUCAGCAGUAUUGGUGGUCUGAUUCUGGAUAAGACAGUGAGCAAUCCAAACUAUGAAGGUAUGGCAGUGUUCACUCCAGUCAUCAAUGGUGUAGGGGGAAAUCUGGUGGCCAUCCAGGCCAGCAGGAUGUCCACCUACCUCCACUGCUGGAGUGUUCCCGGAGUGCUUCCAUUUAAAAUGAAUGGGAUCUGUUCUCGACCCUGUGCUACCUUCUGCUCCUCAGAUGUGAACUCCAACUCAGCCAGAGUCCUGGUAAUCCUUGUAGUGCCGGGUCACCUCCUCUUCUUGUACACCAUCCACCUCCUGCAGGGAGGCCAUACUGCCAUGACACCCACCUUCAUCAUCUGCUACCUGUCUGCAGCUCUGCUUCAGGUGGUGAUUUUGCUCUACGUGGCCAGCCUGAUGGUGAACUGGCUGUGGCGAAGGGGUCUGGAUCCAGACAACUUCUCCAUCCCCUACCUCACAGCUCUGGGUGACCUGCUGGGGACUGGCUUCUUGGCUCUGAGCUUCAGACUGACUCUGAUGUUCAGUUCUGCUGCGACUGGAGUUUGA